GAAUGUGGUGGGUUCCUACUCCUUAGAUGGGAUUCCCGUUGAAUGGGACAACCACCCGGCCAUCAGAGAAAGAAUCAGAGAGCAGUGCAAUCUUUGUUUGGCCUACGACCAUGAAAAUGCAUGUGGAGACUCGGGCUACGUGAAUGCCACCAUUGAAAAUGUCAAGGUCAACGCACCGGUUCUUGAACCCUUGGCAACCAGGAUGGCAGCCAAUUCACUGCGGCUUCCAUCCAUAGAGCACCUAAUCAAGGCUAUCUCAGAUUUCUUCAUCUUGGCCAAACUUUCCCGAAGUGAUGAACAUUGCUAUCAAGAAGCAUGGGCAAUUCGCCGUCUCAUAGGGCGAUUGAAGAAGUUCACUUACCGAAGUUGCCCUCCCCAGGAUGAGGAGAUCAAAGGCCUUGUGCAGGCUUUGGGCUUCGACUGUGAGGAUUGGCAGCCUACCACGGCAGCUCUUGAUGAUGCUGCCAUUUCGGGAUCCAGUGCUGGUGAAUCCCAAGAUACCCAAGGAUCUCAGGUAGCAGAGUCUCAAGACAAAGCCCCAGUGAGUUUCAACCAGAAGCUUCAGGAAAUUGAAAAUGACAAUGAUGAUACGAUGCUAUAUGAACUCAACCAGAUCAUGGAUGAUCUCGCAGAAGACCUCCCUCCAGUUCCAAUUCCUGGACCGGCCCGGCCGCAGGUGCUGGCUGAGCGUCGCACUUCUGUUUCAGAGAAGGAGCUGAAGGAUAAGGCACCUGAGGAAGCGAAGAAGGCAGUGGCCACCCCAUGUCGGAACAAGAAUGUUGGCCACCCCCAAAAUGCUGCCAAUACCGCACCCUUGUCUUUGCGUUCUUUGAAGGCCCACGAGGACUUGGCAGUUGUUGAUAUUUCUUCGGAUGAAGAAUAUGCCAACGGCAUUUCUGGGGGAAAGCCGAGGGAUGAGGCUGACCGAGGCAAAGGAAUCCCAGGGUCCAACAACACCUGCAAGCAGGGCAUGAGCAGAAGAAAGCACAGAGAGAAGCAACAAAAAGCAGAAAAAGAAGCAGAAAAAGAAGCCAAGAAGAACAACAAAGAGAAAGCCAAAGAGAAAGCCAAAGAGAAAGCCAGAAAGGAAAAAACAGAGAAGAAAAAGAAGGGCCGAUCAAGCAAGGAAAAAAAAGCAGAAUGUGAGAAAGGAUCCAAGAGACGCAAGAUCAAGUCUGCAGGUUCUGGCAAGAGCAAGAUUCCCCAAGAUGAACCUCCCCGAGAUGAGCCUCCCCAAGAUGAACCUCUCCAACAUGAGCCUCCCCCAAAUGAGCCUACGCGAGGUGAGCCUCCCCGAGAUGCAGAGCUUCCCCAAGAUGAACCUGCCACAGCCACUGCAAGUGCCACUGAUGAGCCCAAGACUCGUACGGUGCAGAGCAGGAAGAUGAAACGUUUGAGACGUGUGUCGGACUCAUGGACAGGUGAAAGCUUUCAUGUCACUGCUGGUGAAGGCCCAGUGCAGGAAUUGGAACCCCAGGCUUCUGAAUCAGAAGAUUUGCCGAAGAAGGGGAACACAAAGACUUCGGAGAAUGAAGAGAAGAAAGAUGAUUCAAAGAAGACCUCAGGUAAGAAACCAAAGAGCAAAGCAACGCCUAAGAAGAAGGCGAGUGGGAGCAAAGAUUCAAAGGCCAAGGCCAAGGCAGAGCCAAAGAAGAGCAGCAAGAAGCGUUCCAAAGAGGCUGUGGGCACACCCAAGGCAGCCAAGAAGCCCAAGACAACAGACAGAACGAAACCCAAAAAGGAAUACGUGGUCUGUGAGGAAGCCAAAGCCAUUGCCCUUUCCACUCUUGAGGAAUGCCGGAAGACACAUUGCACACAUCCAGGUUUUGAGGUUCCCAAGCCCACCAGCGGGAUCGACUUUGUCCCCUAUUGGUCUAGGGGGGCAGUUGGAAUCAAAGUCUUGCGCAAAUACAUGAGCAACAAGAAGGCCCAGGUUGCUGAGCUUGAGAAAGAGAUCAAGAAGCCCAAGCCUGACGUUUGCAAUGAUGGUCUCAAGGAUCUGAAGCAUCGGUUGAAUGCCUCGCUGGACUCUGCGCUGAAGGACCUGUCGUUUUUGGAAUUCUUCUGCGGAGAGGGCCGGGUUUGGAAAGCGGUUUCAGCAGAGGCUGGAUCGAUUGGGAUUGACAUCAACUAUGGAAAUCCCGAAGGUGGUCACACAAAUGCAUUCGAUAUCCUGACUGUGUACCACUUCAAAUGGCACAUGGGGCACUAUGGUGCACCGACACCGAAGCCUCAGCAAGGCUCCUGGCUGUUUCACGGCUGUCAAGAUGGAACCAAAGUCACCUGCAAAGAAGGUUGCCGAGCAAGUUGGGCAGGUGGCUGGUGCAGCAUCAACUGCAAAUACCAGUGGUCAUGUUCUCCACAGCCGGAUCAUGAUGGGGAAGAUGAGUCUGAUGCUGAAUCAUCCGAUGAUGAGUUCAUUGUCACCCCUUCUGGCCACAAAGUUGCUCUCUCAGCCGACGCCUUACGGAUGAGGACCCGGCGACUUCUCGAACGUAAACCGUCGGGAAAAUACCUUGUGGAUCCCGCUGUGACGGAACAAUACAAGAAGGGAGGAGAGGAGAGGGAGCAAUUGGAAAUGGCCUUGCUCGAAUGUUUGUCGAAACACGGCUUGGCCCGUACAGCCUACAAACGCGUGAAGGCCGAUUUUUCGGCAAAGUGCCGUUUGAUCAAAGAGAGGAUGGAAAGCCGUGAGACGGAAAUCUUAGGCCGAUGGAUGACCGAGGACAAGACCUCGAAGACACCACCCGAAAGUUUGCCGCAGAAGCUGGUGAAGAUUCCAGAGCCUGAUGAAACUCCGGAAGUGGUGGGCUCUCAGGUUGAUGGAGAGCUUAGACCAGCUGAAUGCCAAGAUGUUGAGCAGCUACGUGUGCCUUCCAGGCCAAAGGAUUUGAAUCACUGGCAGAACGUCCUGCGAGACGAUGUGUUGGCACUGACACGGACCAGGGAGUGCUUUUCCAUGAUUGAGGGUGAUCCUAUGCUGGGGUAUGACCUCCCAAAGAAAUCUUGCACUUUGCCGGGACAAAAAGGUUGCCGAAACAUUCGGGAUGGUGGUGAAACCAUCGAUGCUGACAAGUUUGGGCCCUAUUUGGUCUACAUCAUCUUCCGAUCGCUACUGCAAGAGGUUGUCACGGUGAAGAAUGAUGUGCGUUCACAGUGCUCAGCCCUGAUUCCAUUGGAGUCACGCUACAGGACUUUGAACAAGGACUUGAAGUUGGAAUCUGAAACUGCGCCGAAGCCAAAAAAGAACAAGCCUGGGAAGGGAUCAAAGGCCAAUCCCAAGAACAAAUCCAAAAAGAAUAAGGGACUGCCUUCCAAAAAGGGUGAUUGUCGUGACAUCAUCGCUUUUGCAGCUGCUGACAAGAGGGAUGCGCAGGAGCGAGGCAUGCCCCAGGAAGAUGGAGUGCAGCAAGUGUUCGCCGACAAUAACAUGUACUACCCGGUGAAAAUAACUACGGAAGAACAUUCACCACUGGAGGAUUUUGACUGGAUCCGUCCUACUGACUUUUUCCGGAGUUUCUACAAAAUGAACGACUUGGGCCAUGUGCUUGGAGGUCAUAACCUGAAAGAAGCCAAGCCCAUCAUUUUGGACUUCUGGAAAAAAUACAAGGAUGCCUACCCCCAACAUCAACUGUGGGAUCACAUCGCAGCCACUGGAAAGGAUUUGGCAAAGUGUCUGCCAUGCUUUCUGCAUGGAGACGAAGGCACUUCGUUUAAGAAGGGUGGUAUUUUCAUCUUCAGCUUUCAGGGGGCCAUCGGAUUUGGGUCGUCCAAAAGGUCCAAAGAACUUGAAGCGAGGGCGCCGAAAGGUGCUGGUGACAAGGGUGACUUUGGUGUGGCAGGGAAAGCAGCAGAGAAAGAGAUGGAUCGAGUACGUACUGAAGAAAUGCCAAUGCCAUGGGUCCAGGAGUGUGCCCUCACACGUCGAGGCAAUGUGGAGAGAAAUGGAAGUUGGAACAAGGCCGCUGUCACAUCCAAUUGGAUGCUUUUCCUGGAAGAUUACUGCCGGGAGAGAGAAGACUUGAUCAAAGAUGACCA